UGUUUUAAUCAUAGCCGCAUCAUCAGCUGGACUGUUGGCAAUGGUGAUCGUAAUCAGCCUGAUAGUGGUUGCAUUAAGGCUACAUAAAAAACGUUAUUCAGCGAUUCCUGCAAGUCAAACAUUUGUUGCGAGCACAGCUUCUGUUACUUUCAGAGCAGGCCACUCACAAGGAAACGCGCACACAAUCUCACCGAUUCAACCGAACGGAGGAGAGCAAGAUGCGAGAUCGUUCCAUGCAGACACCGCAGCUAGUGUAGAUCUUAAUCUAUCUGCGUCACCGCCUGCGUCACUAAUCGACAACCACAAGGUUAUACAACAUUACGAUAGUGGUGGCGUCUCUUUUGGGAACAUCACGAUAGACAUGCCACUAGUCGUCUCAGUUUUUGAAGGUGACGACGUAGAAUUAGAAUGCAAGGCUCGGUAUGCGAAUGGUACAUUGAUUCAACCAUGUUGUGACUCAGUACUCCAAUGGUUUGUUGUGUUGGAAAACACGGAAGUUGUUUUUGUUGCAGGAUGUGGUAGAGUGGUGUCGUUCAAGUACAAGACUGUGGAAUUUAAUCAAGACAAUGGCAAUCUAACAAUAUUGGAUAUAGGCCUUGCAGAUGAUGCCGUGGUUAAGUGUACAGUGUUGGGAUUAUUCGCCAGUUACUCAAACAUGACACAUCUUAAAGUUAAAAAAGCAAACUUUGGUGUUCAGACUGAUGGAAAACUUACUCCAGUAGAAGGGGAGAGUGCUACCUUACCGUGCUCUGUGAUCGACAGCGGCACAACUGACAAGAGGAACUUCACCUUUGAGUGGUCACUCAACGACACCAUACUGCAGUCGUGCAAUCCAUCAAGCGAGGUCUUUCAUUCCGACCAGAGGGAGAAGUACGCGCUUCAUCACGGCAAGACAAGCUGUAAUCUUACGAUUCUAAACUUGAGCUUGAAGGACGAAGGAAGAUACCAAUGUGACGUUCAUGACUCCUUCUACAACCAGUCCAACUACAAUUCUACAACAAUUGGCUUCGGCGAUCAGCCGGCAUCGAUCACAACAUUGCCAGCAACAACAGACUUGAACGAAGGUCAAACAACGGGCAUAAGCAGUUUGACACUGAAAACGGGACAAGGGUCUGGAGCUACUCCGUUGGAUACCAUUUCUCGGAAAGACAUUGUUUUGAUCACAGCGGUGUCAUCCGGACUUGUAUUGGUCGCAAUAAGCCUCCUGGUUGUCGCAUCGAGACUCCGUAAAGAUCGUAAGGACCUGUUAUGUUUAUUGAUUUAGGGAUCUCUAAAUUUGGAAAUAGUAGUUUUUCCAAACGAAUUUCAGAAAAUCCGUAAAAGUUUAUAACGCGCAUUUUGAAUUUAUGUCUUUAGUACUUACUCACUCUAUGACUAGGGUUUCUUUUUGCUGUUAAAUGUAUUCAUUUUAAUUUUGUUUUUAUUCAGUUGUGUUUCAGUCAAUAAUCUAAA